AUGGUCAGAAAUCCUCUAUUGAGCCUUUAUUUUGGAACCGAAGUGGCUUUCACCACCUCCAUCGGCCACCCUAUACGUUGCAGGACCGUUGCUGUUCUAAUGAGAUUUGAAGGAGAGUUUCAUCGUGAACCGCAACCGGUCGAUGAAAUUCUAGAACCAGGAUCUUUUCCUGUUUCCAAAUCUGAGUAUCGGAAAUCGUCUGCAUCAAUAUCAACUAUCUCUAAUUCCAAGUUGAAGUUUUUGGGUCGAUUGUGUCCCAGAUAAAUGAGAUCACGGUUUCUGGAUGUGUUGUUGCUACUCCUCCCUCAAGUUCAAUGAAAUCUUCAGCUACAACGGACCACGUUCAUGAUAUUGACAAACAAAUUCGACCACUGAAAAAAAAACAUUCUAUUCAUGGAGGCUCAACAACAGAAAGCAAGGUGUGGUCACGAUCCAAAACAAGAACAAGUCGAGAAGGUUGCUAAAUUAGAAGAUUGGAGGAAAUAAUUGAAACUUCUGUAGGAUGCUUCUCUGGGAUCACUAUAAAGGAAUUUUUGUUGGGAUCAUAAAGUUAGAUGUACAAAUACAUAGAAAUUUACAGUUCUUCAUUGUUGUGUUUUGUAUGCAAACCAUGUUUGUUAGACAUGUAGCAGUAAACUGAACAUAAAAAAAUGGUGAUUUUUUCGGACG